AUGUCUACUGGUAUUUUGAAGACAGAUCGUGAGCGCAUCGUCGACGCCAAUGGCGAUGCUGUUCUCUUGCGUGGUACUGCCCUGGGCGGAUGGAUGCUCAUGGAGAACUUUAUGAAUGGCUUCCCCGGGCGAGAACAUCAGAUUCGAGCAGCACUUCUCAAAGUUCUCGGCCAGGAAAAGCACGAUUUCUUUUUCGACAAGUUCCUCGAAUACUUCUUUGGUGAAAAAGAUGCCGAGUUCCUUGCCUCUCUCAACUUCAACUGUCUACGACUAUGCCUUAAUUACAGACACUUUGAGGAUGACAUGAACCCUUUUGUUAUCAAAGAAGAGGGCUUCAAGCAUGUUGAUAGAGUGGUCAACCUUUGUGCCAAGUACGGUAUCUACACCAUCCUAGACCUCCACGCACUACCCGGUGGCCAAAACCAGGACUGGCACUCCGACAACCCGACCGGCCAUGCUGCUUUCUGGGACCACAAACACUUCCAGGAUAGGGCUAUUAAUCUCUGGGAGCAUAUCGCCAGGCGAUACAAGGGCAACCCCUGGGUUGCGGGCUAUAAUCCCAUGAAUGAGCCUGCUGAUUCCGAAUGGAGUCGUCUCUUGGCAUUCUAUGACAGGAUUGUACCAGCAAUACGGAAUAUUGACCCCGAUCACAUUUUGUUUCUGGAAGGCAACACAUUCAGCAUGGAUUUCACCGGAUUCGACAAAGUAUGGGAUAAUUCGGUGUAUGCAAUCCACGAUUACUGCGGUUUUGGCUUCCCCAACAGGAUCGGCCGGUUUCAAGGUACAGAGGAACAAGAGAGCUACAUCCGAAGGAUGUACGAUCGCAAGGUUGAAUUCAUGAAAAAGCAUGAGGUGCCAAUUUGGAAUGGCGAAUUCGGACCCAUCUAUGAACGCAAAGAGUACAACCCGGAUUGGGAAGUGCAAAAUGAAGAACGGUACAAUAUGCUUGACCGACAAAUGGCUAUCUAUACAUCAGAGAGCAUUGCCUGGUCAAUUUGGUCAUACAAGGACAUUAACGUCAUGGGCUUAUCCUACGUAUCGCCCGACUCCCCAUGGCUGAAACUCCUUGGACCCAUAAUAAAGAAGAAGCGCGAUCUGGCUGUAGACUCCUGGGCUUACGACGACGCACACCUCCAGGAUGGCCUCUUCGGUCCAUUGCAUAAGUGGUUCGAGGAUAACAUUCCGGCCCAGUAUUCCAAGAAGUACCCUUGGCAGUGGCGUAUGCACAUGCACGUCUUUCGCGGUAUUCGAGGGAUCACACUCGCCGAGUAUAUGAUUCCCGAGUGGGCGGAUUACUUCAAAGGCAAGUCAUUUGAGGAAUUGGACGAGCUUGCGGCCAGUUGGAAGUAUGAGAACUGUGUACAGAGAGAGAGGCUCAAUGAGCUCCUGAAGACAUAUGCGCCCAUGAAUGCCGGCGAUGAGCGCUUGCAGGGCAAGGUCAUUGAGUCGGAACAAAGUUCGAGCAAUGGCCCGGUAUCAAAAGAGGCAUCUAUCUCUGGGGUCGGCAUCUUUGAGCUAUCACCGGAAGAACAACAAAAGGCUCAACUCAAAAAGCAGCAGGAACAGCCGGCCCAGAUUGUGCCAGUGGCGGCUUAA